AUGCCGUUAGAAUCGGAUCCAGACAUCAGAGACCCCGUGUCUGGCUUUGCCGAACUGCUUCGAGAUACCUUUAGGAUCAUACCAGGGUACAAUAUUAUUACCCGGUAUAUUGCAAGCAGUUACCAGAACGAUCCAAUCCGGUCUUUUCUGGAGCUUGUCUUGUUCAUCUUUGCUGUGCGGACGAUCCUCCAAAACCGAUCACGAAGCAGUUGGAGAGCCUCCAAUUUCGUCCAGUUGACUGAGAAGGAAAUUGAUUCCCUUGUCGACGAAUUUGAACCCGAGCCGCUCUGCACUCUGUUGAGUGCGGAGGAACAAGAGACUCUAGAUGGUUUACCAGUGAUUGUGGGGCAUGCAAGUGCGCGUCCUAUGGUGACGGCGCCAUGGAUGACAGGCACGAAACCUCGUCAGGUGCUCAAUCUUGCAUCAUUCAAUUUUACAGGGCUGGUCGAGGCCCCAGAGCUCACGACCCAGGCCAAAUUGCUCCUGCGCGAGUACGGUGUAGGCAGCUGUUCUCCGCCCGGUUUCUACGGCACAAGUGACAUGCACAUGAAAGUGGAAGAGAGCCUGGCGAACUUCUUGCGCAAGGAAGGCGCAAUUGUGUACAGUCAAGGCUUCUCCACCAUUAGCAGCGUCAUUCCUGCGUUUUGCAAGCGUGGGGAUGUGAUUGUAGCAGAUUCGGGCGUGAACUUUGCUAUUCAAAAGGGACUGCAGCUUUCUCGCAGCAACGUAUACUGGUACGACCACCAGGACAUGAGAUCCCUCGAAGCUCUUUUGAGCCAUCUGAAUAACGAGCAGGCCCGCUCUCGAAAGCCAUUGACACGCCGUUUUAUUGUGACUGAGGGCGUCUUUGAAUCUGAUGGAACCAUCAGUGACCUACCUCGCAUUGUUGAACUGAAAAACAAAUUCAAGUUCCGGCUGCUUUUGGACGAAUCGUAUAGUGUCGGGACACUUGGCCGCACAGGCAGGGGCUUACCCGAAUACUAUGAUUUGGACCCGGACCAAGUGGAUAUGGUUGUCGGAAACCUGGCUACGUCCUUCGCCACAGCAGGCGGCUUUUGUGCAUCCACAACAGAAGUGGUGAAACACCAGCGCAUCAAUGGGUUGUCUUUCGUGUUUUCCGCAGCCAUGCCGGUGAUGAUGGCCAACGGCACCACUGUGGCGCUGAACAAACUCUUGCACGAGCCGGGCCUCUUUCAGUCUCUUCAGAAAAAUAUCCGAAUUCUUCGCAGCGUGCUAGACGCUGUCGACACGAUCACUAUCCCGAGCGACCCCGACAGUGCUCUCAUUCAUGUACAGAUCCGCCCAAAUGAUCGUUACUCGUCGCGGGAGGAACAGAAGCGUCGUCUAGGGCUGAUUGAGCGCCUUGCACUCAACCAGGGCGUUCUGCUGUGUCAGUCACCCCACAUCGCCAGUAUCCGACCUGAGCUGGAUGAGGGACCAUGGGCACGGCCGAGCCUUCGCAUCGCUGCUACCAGUGUUCUGUCUGAGGCAGAGACGAAGCAAGCAGCAGACAUCAUACGAGCGAGCAUCGUGAGUGUGUUGAACAGUUAG